CAGCCAUCGCGGCGUCGGCGCAGACGUCGCGGUCUUCCCUCACCAUGCGCGUCGAAGAGGACGCGGUGCCUGUGUUCGUCUCCCCGGAGCUGCAGCGGGAGAUCACCCGGCAAGAAGCUCGGAUUGAGCAGUAUGGCGGCGACGACGUCGAGCUGCCGCAACACGAGAAGGCGCAGCCGCCUGCUGAGGACCCAAACCGGGUCGCCUGGGAUGGGCCGGACGACCAGCUGAACCCGCAAAAUUGGUCGGAGAGGAGGAGGUGGCUGAUCACCUUGGUGUGCUCGUUGAUGACGGUGAAUGUCACAUUCGCAUCAUCCGCGCCGACAAGUGCCACUUUGGCGAUCGCAAUGCACUUCCAAGUCUCUAGGGAGGUUGCAUACCUGAUCACCACCAUGUUCCUUUUGGGCUACGCUAUUGGACCCUUGUUCUGGGGCCCUGGCAGUGAGCUUGUGGGCCGGAAACCAAUCUUCGUCGUCGCCAUGAUCUGCUACACCCUUUUCAUCCUCGGCCAGGCACUCGCGCCCAACAUCCAAACACUCCUCGUCACCCGAUUCUUCUCCGGCUUCUUCGCUGUCGCCCCUCUCACCAACUGCGGUGGUGUUAUAGCCGACAUUUGGUCCGCGGCGAUUCGUGGCAAGGCCGUCAGCUUGUUCACCGCCUGUGUCUUUCUUGGGCCGACCAUUGCGCCUAUUGCGUCUGGGUUCAUCACCGAGAGCUACCUCGGCUGGCGCUGGGUGUUCUGGGUCAUGUUCAUCUUCGCCGGCGCGUGCACCGCGCUCAUGCUCGUCGCCCUUCCGGAGACCUACGCGCCCGUGAUCCUUGCGAAGAAGGCGCACCGGCUACGCAAGGCGGAGCCCGAGCGCUACGCGAAUCUUUAUGCUGAGCACGACCGCCAAGACUGGUCGCUCGCUGGCGUUAUCCGCCGCACGCUCUUCCGACCCUUCCAGAUGCUCUUCAUCGAGCCCAUUCUCGCGCUCGUCACGCUCUAUCUGUCUCUCGUGUAUGGUGUUUUGUAUGGCAUGUUCGGUGCCAUCCCGGUCAUCUUUGAGCAGAUCCGCGGCUUCUCCAUCUCGCAGAACGGUCUCAUCUUCAUCGGCGUCGGCGUCGGCACCUCCCUUGGCGCGCUCACCAAUUACUUCCUUUCCCGACACUAUCCCAAGCUCAUCAUCCGUUGGCGCGGCUUCCCGCCCGCCGAGGAGCGCCUCUACGGCGGCAUGGUUGGCGCGCCGCUCCUUGUCGUCGGCAUCUUUUGGCUGGGGUGGGCGGGGAACUACGCCUCGGUCCACUGGGCGGUGCCCGCGGUGGCGACGGUGGCGAUCGGCAUGGCGAUCAGCUUGAUCUUCAUGAGCUUCUUGAGCUAUCUGGUGGAUACGUACCUCGCGUACAGUGCGUCGGCGCUGAGUGCGAAUACGGUGGUGCGGUCGGCGGUCGCGGCGGCGUUUCCGCUGUUUAUUGUGCAGAUGUUCCAGCAGUUGACCGUCAAGUGGGCCGCCACCCUGCUCGGCUUGAUAGCCCUGCUGCUCGCGCCAAGCCCGUUCCUGUUCUACCGCUACGGCCCUGCCAUCCGCGCGCGCAGCACGUUCGCGCCGUGCUUGGACCUCAAAAUUGCGAAGGAGCUCGCCGAGGAGAAGGCGAUGGCGGGGGAGAAGGUCUAGUAAGGGAGAAGGUCC